UCCAAAAGAACAUUGUCCUUCAGUUGAAUAGACUGAUUGUGUAAACUGAAUCAAGAAAUAUGUCUUUUAUCUUCAAGAGACCUUCACUAACCCGGUUGCUGAAAACCCAACAGCAGAACCAAAGGUCAACCAUCUGCAGCAAGCCACCAAAGGAAAAGAUCGGACCAGUGCAGUCUGUCUUUGCGCUGUGUGUGUUUGCUGUGACUCUCCUGGCACCGGCUGGAUGGAUUUUGCGUCACAUCCCAGACUACAGACAGAGAUCACCUCCACAUCCCUGACUUUUGAAACUGUCCAUUCAAACUAACAAUGAUGUUCUGCUACUGUUUGCAGUUCUUGCCAAAGUGAAACUCAUGUAAAGACUGAGGCACAAUGGAGUUGUUUUCAUGUAUAAAGACUUAGAUGUUAUCUGCUGCGUAAUGUUUUAUUUAGAAGAUUAAACUACCCCCUUUUGUUGCCAGCAUUGCAUGAAAACUACAACUGUGUCAAUACACUUUAAGAAAUA